AUGGCAGAAAGCCAGCCUGUCGGUGAUGCCGCUGCAAGGACAGUACCGGCUGUCGGGACAGCACCCGCGAAGGCACCCUUCCAGCUUCCUGCAGCGACGGUAGAAGACGACGAGGAUUUUCCCGACCCGGAUGAGGACGACCUCGAUGACCUUGACGACCUGCUCGACGACUUCUCCGCAGCCAAGAUUGAGCACAAGACACCGGCAGUCCCACCUCCACCUGGCCGGCCUGCAGAACCGAUGGUCGACGAUGAUCUCGUGCCAAGCCUCCAAGACAUGCUGCAGGACGACGACUUUACCAAGCAGCUGCAGGCGGGCAUGGCCGGCCUGUUGGGAGAGAUCCAGACAUCGCCGGAGAUGCAGGCGCAGCUUGAUAGCCUCUUCAAGGAGCUGGGCGAAGCGGCAGCAGGUUCAGGUGAAGACGACGUAGCAGCAGCAGCAGCAGCAGCAGCAGUGCCUGCGCCAUCUGAGAAGACGGUCCCGGCAGCCGCCGUGACAGAGGCAGCAAUAGUAGGGGCUGGCGUGGCCACAGCAGCCGCGACAAAAUCAAAAACAAAAGCAAAGGCGAAGGCAGCUCCGACUGCGUCAGAAGCGUCCUUCCAGGAGACCAUCCGGCGCACAAUGGAGCGGAUGCAGGCCUCGGGCGAGCAGGCGACGGCGGCGGCGACAGCAGACACCAACAGCGCCGACGACCUGCUGACAGAGUUCAUGAAGCAGAUGCAGUCGGGCGGGCUUGGCAGCGGGGCCAACGAGGACGAGCUGUCCAAGAUGCUGGUCGGCAUGAUGGAGGAGCUGACUAACCGGGAGAUCCUGUACGAGCCGAUGAAGGAGCUCAGCGACAAGUUCCCCGCCUGGUUGGAGCAGAACCGGGCGGCCACGGCGCCCGCUGACCUCAAACGCUACGAGGAGCAGCAGGCCAUCGUCAGGGACAUUGUCGCGCGAUUCGAGCUGCCCACGUACUCAGACACCAACCCGGCCGACCGCGAGUACAUCGUCGACCGGAUGCAGAAGAUGCAAGCCGCAGGAUCGCCACCACCGGACCUUGUCGGCGACAUGCCGGGGGCCCAGGACCCGCUGGCACCACCGGAUGAGAGUUGCAACCCCCAAUGA